AUGUCGCUGCCCGUUGUCGAGGCGUUGGAAUAUCAUUUUUCGUCCGCAAGCGUUGAAAGUUCUCUGGACUACGAUGUCAACACUGAUGACAAUGCGUCGCAGGAUGCAACAUCGCUAAAAGGAAAUGCGUACGAUUCGGAGAUUUCUGACAGCGCAAAAGAAGAGAGUAUUUUGGGAUCUCCGUGUUCUCGAAGUUCGAGAUGUGACGUAAACGAAGAAGCCCCUAAAACGCGGAGGACCAAAGGACGAGCACGUGCGAGAAAAAGAAGUCCAACUGUCGUCAUAAAAUUAAAGAAAAACAGACGAAUGAAGGCGAACGACAGAGAAAGGAACAGAAUGCACAAUCUGAAUUCCGCCCUGGAAACUUUACGAAAGCACCUCCCGGCGUUUCCCGACGAAACGAAACUCACGAAAAUAGAGACAUUGCGCUUAGCUCAUAAUUACAUAUGGGCGCUGAGAGAGACUUUAAAACUUGUUGGAAGUUCUGGUGAAAACACAAGUAAGACAUCCCUGUCAUUACUGUCGGACAGUGUCAAGUACAGUAUAAUACACAACAGUAGCCCGCCAGAGUGCGCUGCAGUGUUAUCUACCGAUCAACGGGGUUGUGUUACGCCCGAGUUGACAGUUGAAGCGGAAGAAGUACAAGUUUCGUCUGCAGAAAUAUCUUACGACUUUUCUCAAAUGUCAAACGCGCAAUGGAUGCGAGGGAAUGUUCUUUCGGUGAAUUCUUCAAGCCCCGAAGUCGGUCCGAACACACCCGAAAGUUGUUCGUAUAACUUCUUUCACGAAUGA